AUUUUAAGGAAAAUCAUCUCAAAACCUUAAAGCUAUCUCUCACACAAUCACAAAACUCUUAAGUUAUGAAACAACCUUGCAUCUCCUUAUAUAGAGAUUAGAUAUCUCCUAAUCUCUAUGAACUUAACAUAUUUCUAUAUUCUAUAUUUCCUAAUCUUUUCAUGAACCAUAAUUCGGUAGGAUUAGGUGUUUAACUUAUUUCUCAAGUUUCCUUUUUCUUCGAGCUCAAUUUAUUUCAAGCUUAUCCAACAACCAACAACCGUACCUGAAUCUUGGAUCAGUCUUUUUGAUCGUCUGUUCGAUAUCGGAAGGUUUCUUCGAUCCGCCGCCGUGGAUUUGGUACCCAUGAAGAACACAGAGGAGUCGGAGAGUUCCGGCAGCAGAGCCGUCGUGGCUUCUCCGUCCCAGGAAAACCCUAGACACUACCGCAUGAAACUCGACGUCUUAGGCGAAGUUUUGCAGCGACUCCAAGAAUCUAGCUACGAAGAAGCCGCUCUACCUGAUUUCGAGGAUCGGCUUUGGCAGCAUUUCAAUCGUCUUCCUGCUCGAUAUGCUCUCGAUGUUAAUGUUGAGAGGGCAGAAGAUGUUCUCACGCAUCUGAGGUUGCUGAAACUUGCGGAAGAUCCCGCAACUAGACCUGCGUUCGUAAUGUACAGGGUGGUCCUUUCAACUCCAACGUUUGGCUCCUCUCCAAAUUUUGAGCCUAUUACUCCGGGGAGUAAACUUGUUGAUAGUGCUGUUAAUGCAACAUUGGCUACCCGACCGAUGCAUGAGAUUACCUUUUCAACCAUCCAUAAGCCUAAACUCCUUAGUCAGUGAGCUUGGAUUGAACAUUCAAGAGGCUCAUGCUUUCUCCACUGCCGAUGGGUUUUCUUUGAAUGUCUUUGUUGUUGCUGGUUGGUCUCAGGAGGAAACAGAUGGUCUAAAGGAUGCAUUAGGCAAUGAGAUACUGAAGCUUAAGAAGCUGAUUACUAAGACGCAGCAAACGUUCGAUAGGGCUCUCUCUACUCUUCCCGUCACUCAACACGGUAUGAUCUGGGAAUCAUAUCUAGUUUUUGUGAGCCAAGAAGGUGUUCCUGUUGAGACUUCACUGAGUGUGUACCGAAGAUAUGAAGAUUAUAUCAAGCUGCUGUUGAAGUCUGGUCGAGGGCUAGAAGCUGCAGAGAAUCUGAUUGAUGUGUUGAGUCGUGUUGGUGAAGUUGGGAACCGUGGAACAUUUAAUCUGUGUGCUGAGUGAAUGGGCUCAGAUGGAACUGAGGCACAUGAAUUUAAGAUCUGAUACAGCUGGACCUUCCCUUGAAUUCAGACAGAGAGCAACCGACACGGACAUGGAAGAUUCUGUUCCGGUACGUAUCGGUAUGGGAGGCAAAGCAAAAAGUGGACGUAGGAAAAUAAAAUCUGUCUCGAACAAACCUGCCACCAUGAGUACCAAGAAGUAUACGCCUGAUGAUCAGGAAUGGCCGAGUGAUCUCCCUGAGCAUUUUGUUGAUAUUGGUAAAGACUGGAGAAACACACCUUUCAUCAUCCGCCCUGCUGCGUAUCAAGGACUCUUAGAUCUGUGUUGGGCAGUUUGCAUUAAUCGAUCUGUGGAGUCAGCUUUUAAUCUUCUAGAUGAUGGGAGAGAACCCGUGAGGCUUUCUGCACAACACCUGGUUAACGGUGUCCAUAAACACGAGUCUGGGCACAUUACCCAUUUCGAUGGUGUAAGAGACUUCAUGAAGCGGCAUGGGAUGGUCCCUGAGGCAUCUUGCCCAUGGACAGGGAAGGUAGAUAAAGAGCUGGGAUGCACUCACAAACAUGUAGAUGAAGAAUCUGUGUAUAAGGUUAAUGACCUGGUUUGCAUCGAAAACAUUGUUGAAAAAGAUCUCAUCUUGAUUCUCCAGAACCAGCCGAUUCUUGCGGUGAUGCAAUACUGCACUGGACUAGAAGAUCACCGAGAGGGUAUAUACGAUGGCCCUGGACGGAGUACAUCAAACACGAAGUCAGCCAAAAAGAUGCGGAGGUCUAGGCUCCAUGUCGUGGAAGUAUUGGGUUACAAUACCGAUACCGCUGGAGACACAGAAGGCAAGCACUAUUGGCUUGUGCAAAUGGCCUCGGGAACAGAAUGGGGUGUUAAUGGUGUAGGCAAAGUAAUGAGGCAAAUCAGCAGAAAGGAAGACAAGUCCCUAUUCGUUAGUGCCUUGUACCCGAACGUUGGUUUGAGAAAGGCUUGAUCGGUGAGGAUGGAUUGACAAUUUAAAGAUCUCAGAAGAUUUUUCUUUUUU